CGGCCAACUUGACCCAAUAUGUGUAAACUUAUUAGCCAUUAUUUACAUUAUUUAUCUACACAAUUUGUUUUAUUUAUGUAUAAUAUUACUAGAGUAAAAAAUGAGCUCCUCGGAAAUUAAUUUUGAAGAAGCUUUUAGUAUACUUUCUAAAAAUGACGAAUAUUUAACUCUUGAGGAUGCACAUGAACUUAUAUCACUUUUUGUUCCCGUUACUUUAGAGGAAAUUGAAGGUACACAUUUUACUAGGGAAGAUGUUAAAAACUUAAUUAACAAGUUUAAGAACGAACAGUCCAACAAAAACGAACAACUCUCAGCUCUCCUAAAGAAUAUGAAUGAGACGAUUGAUCGUAAUGCGUUGUAUCAAAUAUUUAAGACUGGGAACAGGAUAAGUUUUAAGGAAUUUGAAGAGUUUUUAACGCAUUUGAACCUGAACCAAACGAAAAUCAACACACAAGAACUCUACCAUAAUCUACUACAACAAUAUUUACUAUAG